GGGAGAAAUGGAGCUCCUACUGUUUGUCCUCACUGGCAGCUCGUAACAUUUGUACCAGCAAAACUGGUAACUCAUGGGAUUCUGCCCCUCUCUCUGCUUCCACUGGGAGUUCUGCUUCUUGCUCAUUUCAGCAUGCCCUUGCUGCGGAGGAAUCCAGCCAGCAGGGCCCAGCUGCUGCACGACACCCAAACAAAGCCAUCUUCACUGUGGAUGCCAACACCACAGAGAUCCUAGUGGCUAAUGACCAAGCCUGCAAGCUGCUUGGGUGCAGUAGUCAGGAGCUCGUUGGGCAGAAGCUGUCCCAGCUGAUAUCCAAAUCCAGCCAAGAGGUGUGGGAAGCUGUGAGUGAGGAGCACCUAGGAACUGAUGAAUGUUCGUCACUGGUUUCAGGAGCUGUGGUGGAUGUCACAGGUCGCCUCAGUGAGAAGAUCCCUGUCUCGGUCUGGCUGAGGCAGAUAAGAAGUAAGGACGCCCAGCGCUGUGUGGUUGUGCUGGAACCAGUGGAAAGACUUUCAGCUUCUGUUUGCUUCGGGGUUGAUAUUCCUCCUCUAGGCAAAAAAAUCCCAAAGAACCUCAGGAUCCAACCAGCCGUAGGCCUGUCCAGAGAGGGUACCAUGUUUCCUCUCAGUUUAAAGCUGCAGGUCAGCCUGCUGGAGGGAGGCCCAGUGGCAGUGCAGAAGGAUGGAGUCCUGCAGACAGAAGAAGGCUCUCUCCCAGGCUAUCACUAUUCUGCUGCAGUGGUGGCUUAUUCUGUCAUCAGUGGUCUUAUUACUGUCCAGUCAGAUGGAAUCAUCUGUGGCAUCAAGGAUAGUUUUGCUUUAAUGCUCUUUGGCUAUGAGAAGAAAGAACUGGUGGGAAAGAACAUUACAUUCCUGAUCCCUGGUUUCUAUAACAACAUGGAGAGAAGCAGUGACUGUUCUCUGCCUCCUCUGGAUGACUCCGUGGGGACAGAGGCCUGGGAGAUUCUGGAAGGCAGCUACAGGGGGAAUUGCUGUCACAGAGAUGGUUCACAAUUCAGUAUCCUCUUUGAGGUGAAAUGUGCAGAACUGCAGGACCACAGCCUGCUUUUCUGUGUCUGGGUGGUGAAAGACCUUUCACAGAGCCAGAAGGAAGCUGUGGCAAAGACUCAGCUCUCGCUCUCCAGUCCAGCAAGCUCUGCCCUGUCUGCUGCUGACCUUUCUACAACCAGUCUUGGAGAAGCCAUCAGAUCAACUUCACUCUUUGAGAAUUCCCGGCAAGCUGAAGAGCUUGAGGGACUAAGAGCAUGUGAGGGAGAAUAUGGAGGAAAUUACAGCACCCUCAGCCUCAUUGGCAAAGGCUCUUUUGGCUUUGUCUGGAUUGCCAGGGGCAAGAAAGAUCACCAGGAGGUUGUCGUGAAGUUCAUCUGGAAGGAGAGGGUGCUGGAGGACUGCUGGGUGGAUGAUCCUGAUCUGGGGAGGGUCACUCAAGAAAUUGCAAUCCUGCUGAGGCUGCAGCACCCAAGUAUCAUUAAGGUGCUGGAAGUAUUUGAAAAUGAGCACUUCUUCCAGCUGGUGAUGGAGAAGCAUGGGUCUGGUCUGGAUCUCUUCACAUUCAUUGAUAACCAGCCCAACCUGGACGAGCCGUUAGCGAGUUAUAUAUUCAGACAGCUUGUAUCAGCUGUGGGGUAUCUCCACUGCAAGAACAUCCUUCACAGAGAUAUUAAGGAUGAAAACAUUGUCAUUGCUGAAGAUUUCACCAUUAAAUUAGUGGACUUUGGUUCGGCUGCCUACCUGGAACCUGGGAAACUGUUUUAUACCUUCUGUGGGACCAUUGAGUACUGCUCACCAGAAGUGCUGUCUGGCAAACCGUACCAUGGCCCUGAGCUGGAGAUGUGGUCGCUUGGUGUCACCCUCUACACCCUGGUGCUUGGGGAAAAUCCCUUCUGUGAGCUGGAAGAGGCCCUGGCUGCUGUCCUGAGUCCCCCUCGCCCCGUGUCACAAGGUCUCAUGGAGCUCCUGGCUGGGCUUCUGCACCCUGUCCCGGAGCAGCGCAUGACCCUGGCAGUGCUGGCAGAGGCUCCGUGGCUGCGGCAGCCCGUGGACCUGGCUGCCUACUCCUGGGAGGAAGUGUUCGUCUGCUGA